UCCUGCUGGUCGAACGUGUAAAUUUAGCGUGUGAUUGACAUGAAAUCGAACUAGAGAUCAGAGCGCUUUCAACAUGGAUGGUGAUAGAGGUGGGAUGUGUUGGCUUCUGAGAAUUACAGUUCUUGGAAUAUUCUCUUUGACUUCGGCUAAUGAAGAGAGUGGUGACGUCCGGUUUGCCAAUUCAUGGGCCGUUCAUCUCGACAAUGCAGACCCCGAUUCAGUGGAGAAAAUCGCCACAAGACACGGCUUUGUGAACCUUGGACAGAUUGGUAGUCUACCUGGAUACUAUCACUUUGUUAAGCGGUCUACCGAAAUGCGCAGGCGCCGUAGCCUAGAUGAGCAUGCAGAUAGACUGCAAGACGAGCCACAGGUCACGUGGGUUGAGCAGCAGCGAAUACUGGAGCGCAGCAAGCGUCACGUUAUCCCAGACGAGAACAUCGCGCGGUCACUCAGACGGAUAAGGCGUGACAAGGCCGUGACAGUGCAAGACCCACUUUACAAGAAUCAGUGGUAUCUUCAAAAUGUCGGCCAGUCCUCCGGCCCCGCUGGGAUUGACAUCAAUGUGCUGCCUGUGUGGGCCCAAGGGUAUUCUGGGAAGGGUGUUGUGGUGUCGGUAUUAGAUGAUGGUGUUGAUUACACACACCCCGAUCUCAAGCGAAACUAUGACCCGGACGCAAGCUUUGAUUUCAUCGAUUUCGACGCCGAUCCCAAACCACGUGACAACAACUCACAGAACAGUCACGGCACAAAGUGCGCCGGCGAGGUGGCAGCGGAAGCUAACAAUGGAGUAUGCGGAGUCGGUGUUUCCUUUAACGCCAGAAUCGGCGGGAUCCGAAUGCUUGACGGAAAACUGACGGACACUAUCGAAGGCAGCGCGUUGAGUUAUCGAUCAGACUACAUUGACAUCUACAGCAGCUGUUGGGGACCGAAGGAUGAUGGAAAGAGAUUUGGGAAACCCGGGAUCCUUGCUAGCAAAGCGUUGCAAAUCGGUGCAGAAAGGGGUCGUGGCGGAAAAGGCAACAUCUUCGUGUGGGCGACUGGAAAUGGUGGAAUGACAAAUGAUGACUGCAACUGCGAUGGCUAUACCACGAGUAUAUACACGGUAUCUAUCGGAGCCAUUAGUGACCACGGGUUAUCCACCUAUUACUCCGAGACGUGCGCUUCCACCCUAGCCGUCACUUUCUCGGGCGGUUCGCAUAGAGAGGCGGAGGAGAAUAAUAUCAUCACAACAGGGCUUCAUCACACUUGCUCCAAGACAUUCAAGGGAACCUCAUCCGCAGCGCCGCUAGCCGCAGGAAUGAUUGCACUCGUACUGGAGGCAAAUCCUAGCCUGACUUGGCGUGACGUUCAGCAUCUGAUCGUGGAAACCUCUCAGCUGACGAGUCCCAUGGACGAGGGAUGGAAGCGUAAUGGCGCAGGGAUACCCUACAAUCACAAGUUUGGGUUUGGAAGACUUGACGCCAUGAGAAUGGUAGAGAGGGCCGUGAGAUGGACGAACGUAGGCAAGCACAGGACGUGCCAGGGAGCUAGACAUAAUGUCAGAAGGUACAUCCCUUCAUCCGGGAGUCUCAUCUUAAACGCCAAUACAUCCGCUUGUAGCGGAAGCAGCUCCGAGAUACGCAAGCUCGAGCAUGUACAAGUGGUGGUCACCCUGAAGCACCGGAACCGAGGGAACCUGGUUAUCACUCUCAUCUCACCGUCGGGGACUAGGAGCGAGUUACUCACAACACGAAGGAAUGAUCAGUCUAAAGCUGGGUUGAAGGACUGGGUGUUCAUGACAGUUCACUGCUGGGGCGAGGACCCGAAAGGAGCCUGGACCCUAGUUAUCACCGACAACAAUAAGAACACACGUGAGCACCACGUGACGAAAUUAAAGAAUGGAGACUUCGAGGAUGUUGCGGAAAUAUUUAUGGAUGAUACAGAAAAACACAAAGGUGGACCCCCCAGGUCUGACCACCCGGGUAAUAGAACAAUUACGGGCCACAAAAAUACGGCGGCACCCCUCGGAAUGGAUUUCCCCAGUGAUUACAUUCUGAAGAGUAUGGAGGACAGUGUGGGGGAGUUAGUGAGUGGGGAUAAGUUUGCUAAUGUUGAAAAGGCCAGAAAAGCAAGGCUGAAGAAACAGUAUCAGAUGCAUCACAAACUUGUGUCUAAAAUCUUGAAGAAACACAAGUAUUUACUAAAGCAUGCUAAGAAAUCAACGGGUCGUCACCAAAAGUCUGUCUAUCAAAGAAAAAGUGAUGCGAAAAAUAGAAAUAUUUCCGUCAAUCAAAUCAAGACAGCAAAUAAACACGAGACUUUCGGUAGGCAGCGACAUGGUCUCCGGCAAAGUAAGAAGCAUCAUCGCAACAAACACUAUCGUCAUCAUGAUCGUAACCAUCAUCACAGGCACCACCAUCACCAUCAUAAGCACCACCACAAGGCUGCCAAUCAUCACAAAUUAUCCACUCAGAAACAAAGAAAGAACAGCGAUUUGAAAAUGGAAGAUGACGUCAUGGGGAAUGACGUUGGACUUGCCGCUGCACUGGCGAUGGAGUCUAUGAAGGAGAACGAGAAUGAUGACAGCUCCGGCGAUGCGGAUUCUCAGAGUAACGUAGCGAACAAUGACGGUUUAGCUUUACCUACAAAUACGUCCCUUGAGGACAGGAUCGCUCUACAAGCACUGACAAGUCCUUCACUGGCGAGAAUGCUUGGUAUCAAACCAGCGGAUGCCACAAAGAUGCUGCUAAAAACAAACGACAAUGACAGCUAUACGAGUGAACUUAACAUACACAUGAACAUCAAGAAGGCCCAUAGCCCAUUAGGAAAGCUGGGUAAUACGGAGAAUUCUAAUAUAACGGUGAGUGGUGCGUCGAGUGAGACUACGAACGAAAACAAUAGAGGAUCCACAACCGCUUACAAAACGAUGAAGUUAUCCAUUCAGAAUAACCGGACACACAAUGGAGAUGAUGUCUCUACGGUUCUGGCUGGGUCGGCGCCUGAGGGAACAAGAAAAGGCAGUGAAGAAAUGGUAUAUGGACCAUAUGGUUGGUACCCACAUGGAAAAGCUUCCAACAAAAAGUUAGACAGCUCCAGAGGACUCGGUACUGAUCGGACUACGGGGUAUACUGAUGGCAGUCAACGGCAAGUUGAUGAUGGUAAUGGUGAAGAGUCUACUGUGAUAGAUAAUAACAGUACCUCAAAUGUAACUAGUUGGCAUGACGAAAAGGAUUAUGAUAGCAAUAAAAAAGAAGAAAAUAAUAAUGACCUAAGCAAAGGUCAAAACUCUAGCAUACAAAGAGAGCGAACGUAUGAUCGCGGUGUCGAGACAGACAAUACGGGAACACGUCAACCUGGAGUCGUUACUCUACUUCCUAUUAACGCAACUGAAGCUUUGGAGCAAUGGAACAGUAGAUCAAACCAAAGCCAUGCAGACGGGCGUAAUAAAACUGAGCCUAGGAUGGGAAGACUCAAAGAGGUGGAACAAAAUGCAAUGGAACAGAUGAUUAGAAAUGGACAGGGCCCAAACGAUGUUGAUGAUCCGGAAGAGAGUAUUGAUGAGGACGAUGAAGAAGAAAACGGAGAAGACACAAAACAUGCCGAGGAGGAUGGGUCAAGAAUACAAGAACCCUCAGAGGAGCCCAGCCCAAGACCUGUCUCGGAAACCGAGGCGACAAAUGGAAGCCCGGAAGACUACUCCGACGAGCCGGAUAUGGAGAACACUGAUAAACCGGAAGUCAUGAUGCGUGACCCCGUCACACCCGACAAUGAGAAUACUAGCGUUACACGUGACCAAGGUAUCGCAAUGCAAGAGGAAAUUCCGGGAUUUUUUGUCCCUCCCUUUUCAAUCCCUCCCAUGACAGAAGUGACUCAACGGCAAGAUAACUCGGAAGAAUAUCCUGAAGAACCUGGAAACAUUUUUAGCACUGUUAUGUCAUUGCCUGGGAAUAUGUUAAAAGAGACUGUCACGCAAGAAAUGGGCAACAAUGAAGGGGUGACCAGUCAACAAGUCACGCAACCCGAGACUAUGACACCGGACAUUGCCUCACCAUUGCCUUUACCUGGGAAUUUAAUAGCUCGCGUGACAGUCAAUAUGGGAGGUGUGAGUUUUGGGCCUUCACAAGACUUUAAAGAGACAGGCAACAGUUUUACACAAACAUCUGAAAAUAACCAAAUUUCACGAUCAGAUGGCGAGACAGCAGACAAUUCACCACAAGACUACGAAAGCGUGACAAAUGGUAGCGUGACGCAAUUACCAUCAACACAUGUGAUAAUUACCCCCGACCAGAUAGAAUUAACAGGCAACAACACUGCAACAGAUAUGAAUACACCUGGACAAGGGACGAACGAAGACAUUUCAUCUGAACAAGUGAGGAAUCAUGAGGUUCUUAACUCCACUAAUGUUAUCCAGAGAGUUCAGGAAAUUUUACCAACAAGACCACCUUCACCAGUUCCAUCUCCAACAAACUCAAGCAACAGAAAGUUGCAAGCUAUAAGUGGCGAUAAUACGGUGUCUGACCAAAACGGUUUUCGCAGACCUCUUAAUAUACCAUCAAAUGUGUCAGUGUUCCUAAACUUUUCCAGGAUAAUGAGUAAUAUCACUCAAGGUAUUGCCGAUAGCCUCGCGUCAGAGGUGUCUGGGCCGCCUUUCACCUUGUUUAACUCGACUAAUAAGCCUCCUGACCUCAAUAAGCAAAACGAUUCACCUUCUCUAACUGAUGGUGUGGAUAACCCAACUACUAUAUCCAUUGGCGUUCCUCCACAACAAUCCUUCCAAGAUGCUUCAACUGUUCCUGGAUAUCACAUAGGAAGUGAGGAAUCAGGAAGCGGAAGUGAGGAGAGCACUAGAAGCGAGACAUUGAUCGAAAAAGACAAGAGAGUGACUCAGGUGAGCAGUGCUGGCAAUAGUAUGGCGCAACCGGAAGAAAUCGGCUCAGGCGAAAGCGGAAGUGAAGUCCACACCGAUUCAGGAUGGAAGACCUUGGACUGCGAUGACGAGAAGAACGCAAAAACUUGCAAAAAAUGGAAAGCGAUCCUCACACAAAUGAACGACGACAUGCUGGACAUUAAGGGAGACAGGGAUUUGGUUAAAAAUAUUAACGGUAAUGAUGGAACCUCAAUUGAUGACGGAUCCGGAAAUGAAGUCAGUGACGACCCCGAUGUUACCAUCAAUGAUGAUACAGAGCAAUCCGGUGAUUAUGACACUUCUAGUGACGGCAUCGAUAAGGACAACGUUGACGCGAAUAUUAAUGACGGGACUGACAUAGAUGACGAUGGAAACAAAAACGUCACCCGAGGCAAAGACUUACCCACCAAUGAUGGAAGUGGCGUGGUCGGGCAUAUUGGUGGUUCUCCUGAUCGCGCGGAGCCAUCACAAAUCACACUUGCUGCUAACUCAGUUGGGUCAGCGGUUAGUGGUAUGAAUGACCUCACACUUCACGAGCCCGCAGAGGUCAGCGGUGGCGAAGGGCCGAAUGGACCCGUCACGUCAGGUGAUAUAGAUGGUGUUCAGAUCAACACGAGUAGUACUGUCAAGUCUACGGGCAGUGCUUUAAAUACUAGCGCGGAUCAUAGUGCCAUCGUUACCAAAGAAAAUGAGUCUAAAAGCAACUUCGAUCGAGCGAAGGAGAAAAACGAUGGGCCGAGUAGAGGAGCAGUUAAGCCAGUAUUAGGAACAAUCAUGAUAGCAAGUAAAACUAGGCAUCUAGUGAGUAAGGGAAAAACAAAAGCUAGUAACAAAAGACCAGUGAUGAGUGGAGAAAGACCAACAGCGAGUGGCUUUAAGCCAAAAGUGAACAAUGAUAAGCCUCGAACGAAAGAGGAAAAGCGAGUGGCGAUUCAGGAAAAAGGAGUAGCGAGUGGAGAAACACAAGUAGCGAGUGGAAGUAGUGACUUCGGUCCAGUCAUGACCUUUACAGAUGAUGAUGACUCACCAAGCGAGCAACAAGAAGAGCAACAAAAAAGUUCCGACACUCGGAAGCUAAUCGAUAGCGAUUCGGAUAAAAGCAAACUUCACCCGUUUGCAGGAGACGCUGAUAUUUCGAGAACAUUCGGGGCUCCACCGGAAAUAUCAGAAAUGUUCGGGAGUCAUCAUCAACCGAGAAUUCAGGAUUCUCGUUUUACAUUCGGCAAUAAUCUGAACAAAGGGCGACAGGAUUCCGACGAGUUGGCGAAGUUAGAGCGAGACAAUUAUAGACUUGUUGACAAUGACGAUCGUUCCACUCGGCAAAACCUUGAGUUGACUUCUCUCGAUGAUGAGCGACUCGAGCCGAACAAUGAUCGAUUUUAUACAGAGAAAUACCGUGGUGAUAUAGAGAACGAAGACGGUACGAUUCAUGAUCGAUUUGGUUCGGACGAGGAUAGUGAUAGUCGAGAAAACCUUAAGGCGCUUCAGGUUGCUCUCAAAGAUGAGAUCGACAAAAUCGCUAGGACGACGGAGCAGGACGGACAGAGUGAUGUCAUCCUUCGACGAGUACAACAAGACGUAAAAACAGGAGACGUGCAGGACUUGGAAAAACUGGAACUGGAAAUCCGCAAGAAAAUCAGGGGCUUCGGAACGGAGCGGAGUGGACAGGAUAAAGACAAUGGAAUGAUUGAUGAUCCCGACGAGGGCCAUCUCGACAUCAGAAAAAGAAGUUUGGACGAGGAGACAGGAAAACAGACAGGAAAACAGCAAGCUUAUAUUGGGAGGAAGAAGUCGAAAUUCGGGGAUAGGAACUCUGGACUGCUGAAAUCGUGGAGUCUUGUUCUUUACGGAACUGGAUAGAUGAUGUUUUUAGAUGACACCUUUUAUAUAGAGAAAACAGUAUUUACAUAGUGAGAUCUUUUCAGGCAAUGGGAUUUUUUUAGAUCAUUUUUAUACAAGAAAUACAACAAAUAAAUUUGAAUGUUGUUAUUCAAA